AUGGCUAGUUAUUCAAGAGUUUCAACUGUGUUGCUAAUUGUAGUUCUUGUGGGUAGUUUACUCAUGGUUGUCACGGCUGGUGACUUCUACGAAGAUUUUGACACCCCUUGGGGCGAUGAUCGUGCUCAGAUACUCAACAAUGGGGAGCUUCUUUCUCUCUCCCUCGACCAGUUCUCCGGCUCGGGCACACAAUCCCGAAAUAAGUAUCUGUUUGCAAAGAUAGAUAUGCAUCUCAAACUUGUCUCCGGAAACUCUGCCGGCACCGUCACCGCUUUUUAUGUAAGUUACACAAGCAUUCCUUUCUUUGUGUUCUAUACAUGUAAGGGUGAUAAUCAAAUUAUGUCCUUUUCUGUGGAUGGCACACCCAUUAGAGAGUUCAAGAAUGCCGAGUCAAUUGGUGUUCCAUACCCAAGUAACCAACCAAUGAGGAUAUACACCACCCUAUGGAACUCUGAUGACUGGGCCACGCAGGGUGGUCGGGUCAAGACAGAUUGGACCCAGGCUCCAUUCAAUGCUUCAUUCACGAAUUACACCCUUAAUGCCUGUGUUUGGUCUUCGGGUUCAUCAUCUUGUAGUUCAAUUUCUUCAUCUUCAACCUCAAGCAAUGGUGCUUGGCUCUCAGAAGAGUUGGAUACCACAAGCCAAGGGAGGUUGAAGUGGGUGCAGGAGAAUUGGAUGAUCUAUGAUUAUUGCAAAGACCCAGAGAGCUUUUCUGUGGAUGGCACACCCAUUAGAGAGUUCAAGAAUGCCGAGUCAAUUGGUGUUCCAUACCCAAGUAACCAACCAAUGAGGAUAUACACCACCCUAUGGAACUCUGAUGACUGGGCCACGCAGGGUGGUCGGGUCAAGACAGAUUGGACCCAGGCUCCAUUCAAUGCUUCAUUCACGAAUUACACCCUUAAUGCCUGUGUUUGGUCUUCGGGUUCAUCAUCUUGUAGUUCAAUUUCUUCAUCUUCAACCUCAAGCAAUGGUGCUUGGCUCUCAGAAGAGUUGGAUACCACAAGCCAAGGGAGGUUGAAGUGGGUGCAGGAGAAUUGGAUGAUCUAUGAUUAUUGCAAAGACCCAGAGAGGUUUAUUCAUGGGGAACCUGCAGAAUGCAGCCUAUCUUAA